GCGGUUGAGCGGCCAUAUUAGUGGUGGCGGAGAGUGUCGGCGCCGGAGCCGGAGCGGGGCCGAGUGUGCGGCGGCGGGGGUGGGGGCAGCCGGCGGCGGAGGAGGAGGCGAGGACGGCCCGCUGCCAUCGCGGCCGGUGUGCUGAGUGAACUGAAAGAACGGUACAGAAAACCAAUUCAGGAAUCAGUAUGUUUCGGAGAACAUGAGCUUUAACAAGAUGUUUAAUGAAUCAUUUUGAAAGUUGUUAAAGGAGCAUGUGUCCAUGAAGGGAGAAAUUUGUGAAACCAGCAUCAUUCUCUUCCACUUUUUGAUGGGCAAAGAUGCCGUCUUCAACUCGUAAAGGGGCAGCAAGAGAUCCAGAAGUUUCUGAGCUAUUCUUUAAAGAUGAUCCAGAAGAAUUGUUCGUGGACUUGCAUGAAAUUGGACAUGGGAGUUUUGGCGCUGUGUAUUUUGCCAGAAAUGCUCGCACAUCCGAGGUGGUGGCAGUCAAGAAAAUGUCCUAUAGUGGUAAACAAAUAACGGAGAAAUGGCAGGACAUAAUCAAAGAAGUGAAAUUUCUGCGCCAGCUCAAACAUCCAAAUACCAUAGAAUACAAAGGUUGUUACCUAAAGGAGCACACUGCCUGGAUGGUUAUGGAGUACUGCCUAGGAUCAACUUCUGAUUUACUAGAAGUUCACAAGAAACCACUUCAGGAAGUGGAGAUUGCUGCCAUUACCCAUGGUGCCUUGCAGGGGCUGGCCUACCUGCAUUCUCAUAAUUUGAUACAUAGAGACAUAAAGGCAGGAAACAUUUUAUUAACUGAGCCCGGACAAGUUAAACUGGCUGAUUUUGGAUCUGCCUCAAUAGUAUCCCCCGCUAACUCCUUUGUUGGGACACCUUACUGGAUGGCCCCAGAAGUGAUCCUUGCUAUGGAUGAGGGACAAUAUGAUGGGAAAGUAGAUGUGUGGUCUCUUGGGAUUACAUCCAUUGAACUUGCUGAACGCAAGCCACCUUUGUUCAACAUGAAUGCGAUGAGUGCCUUAUAUCACAUUGCCCAGAAUGAAUCACCAACACUUCAAUCAAAUGAGUGGUCUCAAUUUUUUAGAAAUUUUGUGGAUUACUGCUUGCAGAAGAUUCCCCAGGAUAGACCUACAUCUUUGGAGCUUCUGCGGCAUGAAUUUGUACGCCGAGAGCAUCCACAAAGAGUUCUUUGUGACCUUAUUGCAAGAACAAAAGAUGCAGUUCGAGAGCUGGAUAAUCUUCAGUAUAGAAAAAUGAAAAAGAUCCUUUUUCAAGAAACUCGCAAUGGACCUACAACAGAAUCGCAAGAAGAGGAAGAGGACAGUGAGCAUGGUGCAGGCCUAGGUAGUAAAGUAGACAGCCUGGGAAGUAAUCAAUCCAUUCCCAGUAUGUCAAUCAGCACAGGGAGCCAGAAUAGCAGUGUUAACAGUCUGCAUGAAGUCUUUGAUGAUAGCUCAGAGAUCGCCAUGAUGCAUGAUGGUGAUAACACCAUGCAAUCCAAUGUCUCCGUCAUCCACAGAAAGCAGGACCAUGUAUUCAUAAGGGAUGAAGCAGGCCAGAAAGACUCACGGCCUGAUCUGCGGCCUACACCGUCUCUCCAUAGUCGGGCCUCUCUUCUUAAGAACCGAGAGCAUUUUGCUACAAUUAGAACAGCAUCUCUGGUUACAAGACAGAUCCAUGAGCAUGAACAGGAAAACGAAUUACGUGAACAGAUGUCGGGGUACAAGCGGAUGCGAAGACAGCACCAGAAGCAGCUGAUGGCUUUAGAGAAUAAGUUGAAGGCUGAGAUGGAUGAACAUCGUCUAAGGUUGGAGAAGGAAGUAGAGACUCAGUGUAACAAUGCAUCCAUUGAAUUGGAGAAGCUGGCAAAAAAACAACAGAUUUCCAUGGAAAAGGAGAUGAAGAUAGCAGCACAGGAUGAGAAAAAAACACAGCAACAAAUUGCAGCCCAACAAAAAAAGGAACUGACCACGUUCUUAGAAAGUCAGAGGCGCCAGUACAAACUUUGUAAGGAAAAAAUUAAAGAGGAGAUGAAUGAAGAUCACAGUACACCAAAGAAGGAAAAGCAAGAGCGAUUGUCCAGGCACAAGGAAAACCUUCAACACACACAGGCAGAAGAAGAAUCACAACUUCUUGGUCGCCAACGAUUACAGUAUGAUAGAAAUUGUCGGGAGCUUAAGCGUAGGUUGUUGAUCAUGCGACACAAUUUGGAGCAGGAGCAUCUACGUGAGGAAGUGAAUAAGAAGCAGACACAGAAGGAGAUGGAACAUGCCAUGUUAAUUCGACAUGAUGAGUCCACACAAGAACUGGAGUUCCGACAACUUAACAUGUUGCAGAAAUUAAGGAUUGAUCUAAUCCGCUUGCAGCAUCAGACUGAGCUGGAGAAUCAAACUGAGUAUAAUACACGCCGAGAGCGGGAAUUACACCGAAAACAUGUCCUGGAACUCCGACAGCAGCCAAAGAGCCUAAAGGCUAUGGAGUUACAGAUAAAAAAGCAAUUCCAAGACACGUGUAAAGUCCAAACAAAACAGUACAAAGCACUGAGGAACCACCAGCUGGAGGUAACUCCAAAAAGUGACCACAAGAUGGUCCUAAAAGCACUUAAAGAGGAACAGACGCGGAAACUGGCCAUCCUGGCAGAACAGUAUGAACAAAGUAUCAAUGAGAUGAUGGCCUCGCAGGCGCUACGACUGGAUGAGGCUCAGGAAGCAGAGUGCCAAGCCCUGAAACAUCAGCUUCAGCAGGAAAUGGAGCUUCUCAAUGCCUACCAGAGUAAAAUUAAAAUGCAAACUGAAGCACAGCAUGAGCGAGAGCUUCAGAAACUGGAGCAAUUGGUGUCAUUGCGUAGAGCACGUCUUGAACAAAAGAUUGAAGAGGAACUUGCUGCACUUCAGAAAGAGCGGACCGAGAGAAUACGAAAUUUAUUGGAAAGACGAGAGCGAGAAAUUGAAAACUUUGAUAUAGAAACCCUCAGACUUGGGUUUGGAAAUCUGGUUGCGCUGGACUAUCCGAAGGAAGACUAUAGAUGAAAAACUAUGCCAUAAUCUUGCCCAGGUAUUUUAAUCAUGGGCUCACUUAGUGAGGGCAGACAUCACCUCUGGACUAGUGCCUGUACAGUCCUUAAAUUUCCUUAUAAUCAGGGCCCCAUUGUUAAUGUUAAAAAGAACACUGACCAUUUGUUGGUCACCUUUUAAAAUGACACAGUAUUGAUAUAUGUGCAAUCAUACUUUUUGUGAAAUUGGAAAGCAGGAUGUACAUUGCUUAUCAUGCAUUACAAAUAAUUUGUAAAUCUGUGCAGAAAGACAAAUGUUAUUAUCUGCAGCCUUAUCUUACUCGCUGCUAGCUUUCUUUUGGUAUUUAUUCAUCAGGAAAUUUUAUUAAGAUUGAAUAAUUUGAUACAAAAAAUUUGAUGUACAUGUUGAUCAUACAAAGUGCUUCUGGGAAAUAUAUAAGAGUUUUAAAACAUGCUGGCAAGGGUAUCCUGACCCAGUGUUAUAUAUAUAAAUAUAUAAAUAAAUCAUUUUCUGCUGUGGCAGAGGAUGUGCAUACUGUAUGUGAAUCCUGGGACCCAAGUAGCACAAUCGGGCCAAGGCACUAUCACACAUAUUGUAUAGAUGGAAAUCAAGAGAGCUUUUACUUAUUUUCAUAAAGUAUUUUAAUGUUCCUCAAAUUAAUUUUUUAAUAUUUUUUUGUUCAGAGUAUGGAGGCAAAUCUGGUUUUCAGUGGGAUCUUCUAAUGGAAUUUUCCAUCUAAAUCAUAAAUACCAAAUCAUAAAUGUUGCUUACUCAUACUACAAGCUGUGUAUUUUCUUACAAACAAACGAGUAAGAUGCUUUACUAUUGCAUGCACCCCAAUUUUUUUCAGGUGAAAUAGCAUGACUGUCAAGGCAAAAGCUUUUAAUCAUAUUUGUAAAUAAAAGUGCUCACCACAAUGUGUUGUGUUUUUUUAGCCAGUUGUACUAAAAUCUGAAGUCAUUUUCUUUUCAGCUUCAAUUAUUGUGGAAAUGUUGAAUGGGAAUCCUUUAUGGCCUAGUUAUGACUAUUAUCAGAAUAUUUGAAAUGUUUGAAUUUUAAUUAAGCACAUCGUUGUUGCUCAGAUUUGGGAUAGUUUUGCAGUGCUGUGUCUUAAAGAUUGUGUGGCCCUUCAUAUAACUUAGCCCAACCUAGAUUAAGGGGAGGGAAGCUUCCAUUUUUGUAUUAUUGAAGCACCAAGCACCCGUGUUGAUGUCACUGAUGUUCUCUGGUCCCAGAAGGGGAAAAUGAUUGUUGUAAGAAUAUAUGGACCCACAGCUGGUUAAGACCUUGGUACCUAUGAUUAAUUCUGGGUCCCCUUUCCUAUUUUGUGCAUCGUGGCUAAAAUUAAGUGGUUUAAAUUGGAAAACAUUUUAAUGGCCUUUCCUGAAAUAAACGUGCAACUUCUGCAGCUCUAA